AUGACCUGGAGAGGAGAAUGUGUCCCCUACUCCUGCAGCGUUCUCCAAGCCUCUCUCUCCCCCUCGUCGCCUAACCGAAAACUCAAUGCGGGCCCAUAUGACGGUCUUGUCGGGGACAGGUUUGCCUGCGGCUCGGCCUCUUCUGGUCCUACGAACGAUUUAGUUCAUUCGGAUCGAAAAGCCUCGCCUGUGCAAAGAAUGACCAAACUCAGUCGAAGAAUCACGCAAUCAAUGGGCUAUCCUAAGGGUAGCUUGACACUAUGCCGCACCUUGCAGUCUAUGUAUUCGUUCAUCCUUUGGCGGGCUCUUCCUGAGGUGCCGACCUCUUUUCUGAUUGUGGGCUGGAAGACGCGACAGUUUUACCCCUCCCAUCUCUCUUGGAAUCCCAAUCCCUGUCAUCAUCUGAAGACUUUCCUACCUUACCGGGUUGUGGGCGAAGAAAAGAAAGCACGAGCAAUUGGGGAACAGGAUGUCCUUCCCCGCUCAAAACCGUUCCGUUCGAAAAGCGUGAACUGCAUUGCCUUUACUCUCUUUGAUUCUGAUGUCGCAGUUCAAGUUACUUGCCGACUCUAUGGGGCAGACCCUUCUCUCACGGGGUACCAUUCGGCACGACUUAACAUGAAGUUCGGCGUUCUGUGUUUUUCACGUCCGAAGGACUCCCCUCAAGCCACACUAGGUUAUGUCAAAUGUUCAGGCUGGUGGUGUGGCGUCGAAUUGUCGGCUUCUACCCCUUUGGUGCUCCAGUUUGAAGUACGCAAGCCUUCUACCCCCUCGAUCAUGUCAAACGGCGCCAGUGCGGAAUUGCAUGCGAACUCGGCCACGUUUUUUUUGCGCGGUGGUGGUGCACAAAUUUGCGCCUCAUUUUCAUGUUUGAAUCGGGCGUCCACUUUCAUCUCCGGACCACCAACUUGCGGUGAAUCCCGAGCGCCGUUGGAAAUGGGUGUCGACAUAUUUGAGAAACUGUCAAUCUCAGAUUGCAUUCUUUCAGAACGACGGGAGGCUGAGAUAAAGAGGAAUCAGUACUGCCCACGACAUGACGUUUUCAAAGAUAAAUGGCUUUGGUACUAUCGUGCAACCAAAUCGUCGAUCGCUCGCGAAAUCCCCCAGGCUGACUUUGUAUUGCAGUCACAAGAUGAGAUAUUUUCUCCAGGAACACUAGCUGUUGCCCGCCGCCAAUUUGAGAAUGAAAUUGUCGUCCGAUUCGAACAGCGAAUGCGGGAGGAGCAAAGAGCUGUCAACGAGUUGAGGCUCAAACUUGAAGCUGACAGGCAACGUGUCGCGCAACAAGAAGCUGACAACUGGCGCGAGACAGCUGUCAUUAAAUCGCGUCAAAGGGAACUUGAAAAUGAGGUAGCUGUCGUCGAAAGGGACAGAGGGAUUCUUGCGAAAAGGGCUCAACAACUUGAGUUGCAGGAGGACCAGCGGCGUCGAAAUAGGACCUCAUCAGAAGUAUACAUUGAGGAUUCCUUCGCAAAAUCGAGCCCUAGAAAUGUGGUUGAAAAUCUAACACACCCCAGUGAUAAGAUCCGGAAGCAUGCGAUGAAUAAUAUUGCCACCUGUAUUGGGGGUAACCAGAACCUUCCACCCAACUUCGUCAGAUUCACGCCUCCAGACAUCGCUCCGGAUAUCCUUCCAAAACUUCAUCAGCUUGUUUCCUCUACAGCUAAACCGGUGGAAUCGGUAUUACGGUUCGCAGAGGAGACUGUCUCUGCGCCUCCCAUGGCGAGGGCACUAGCACUUGGUGGGCAGUGUCAACGAUUAGCCGGGUACUUAGUGGAGAUGAACGAGUUGUCCAGUCAAUUGGCCGUUCGCUGUCUUCGCCAGAUGGUUCGCAUGGAGCUUUCGGUCGUACAGCCCGCAUACGAAGCUAUGGCAUUGGCUAUCCCCCAGAUACCCAUUCCAGCCCCUCAUGAACAGGUGGUACAUCCCUCUAUUGACUUCGUUAAAGAAGUUGCACCAAGAAUUAUUGAAGAUUGCUUCAACAAUGGCCUGUGGUCGGCCAUCGCACCUCUCGUCAGCCACAGGAUCACGUCGAUCCGGCAGAUUGUGUUGCAAAAGAUCGUCUACUUGGCCCGGAAUGAUCGAAACCAAGAUGGCAUUGUCCAGGCUCACAUUUUAGGUUUACUGGAUCCAUACUACCAAUCCUCAUCCCCUCCCGCCGACGUCAUCACCUUUUUUGUGGAACUUCUGCCCUUGGUAGCAGACAAGCUGUUCCGCCGUCCCGGGCCUUCGGCCAUUCAAUGGCUUUUGAUUCGACUUGACGAUCAGAAUGCAGAGAUAGCGGCUACUGUCAUCAAGGUUUUCAACACGUGUGUGACGAACGAAGACCCUGUGGUCUUUCAGACGUUUGUCAAAACGGACUUGUUGAGAAAACUUAAUGACUGCCCCUUGCAAUCCCCCGAGAUCGUCAAGCUCAUCAUCAGGUUACUUUUGGCACUGGCUAUCCCUCAUGUGCGCGCCAAAGCUGUUAAUGGAAUCGUACGGUUUUUGGAUCAUCCUGACUCCAGCGUCGUCACCGCUUGCCUGUCGGCGUGCAAGAAAGUUGUAGAAUCCACCGUGGAAGAUCGCACCCACCUUUUCGCCGAAGUUGCAAAGCUUAGCAUUACGAAGAAAAGCACAUUGGAAGUAUAUGCCUUUGCAAUGCCUGCGUUCUGUCGAGACUGGGCCGCAUCCGGUGAUUUUACCAAGAUUGCCAAGUACGUUCAACACUCCGAAUCGCAACUCCGCCAUCCGGCACAACAGGUCUGGCGGGAUAUCGUCCGCAACUCGCCUAGCUCCCGUUCAAAAAUUGUCCACGACCACCUCCUCGAUGUCAUUUUUGAGCUCUGCACCUCUCCUUAUCCUGAUGCUGUCGCCCUAGGGGCUGAUUGCUGCACACCAAUGGCGAUAGAGAUCACCAGAGCUGGCGUUCCCCCCACUCAGAAACUUGUUGCCUUUCUAGGCGCUAAGAACGAGCAUCUACGACAGGCCGCAUUGCGUGGCAUUCAAAUCGCCUCGGAAAAUAGUGACGGAAAUUGUCAAGUGCUCUUGAAAGCGGGCAUAUUUAAGGAACUGCAGUCACAUCUUGAAGAAUAUCCGGAUGACGGACUUGAAACUGCGUCAAAAAUUCUCACACGUUUGGUGCCAUUCCUGCGUACGUCUUCCGAGGCGUGCGGUGGCCUUCUACAACUUCUCGGGUAUGCACAUGUAAUCAUUUUCCCCAUGAAACCAGCUGAUCGGUACUUAAGGUCCAGAUCAUCGUAUGCUCAGGAUGCAGCCCACAAUGCAUUGUCGGCUAUUUCCAUCACCGAUAUCGGAAGCCGGGAAACUCUACGGGCCGUCAUCCUGGAUCGCCUUAAACUUCCCAGCGAUUCUUUGAUCGAAUAUGCAGUCAAGGCGAUUGGGGAUUGGAUUGGACCUGACCUUGCGCUCCUGAAUGACUUCCCAAAAAUCUUUGGCCUCAUUGAACAUGCCAAGAAGCCUAUACAAACAUCCGCCAUGAUCAGCCUGAAACAAAAUUUAAUGAACGCGGAUUAUCACGAGUCACUGGAAAAAGCAAACAUCAUUGCCCUGCUUCGUUCACUAUCAAACAGUGACAACUCGGAGGCUCUGGACUUCGUCACUAGGGCACUUGAGGUGCUAGCGUUAUCCUUGGCUCGAAAUGGCCACGCCAGCGACAUCAUCAACCUUGUAGCUCACAAAGAACCGAAGGUGCGCGAUGGCGCUGCUACUGCCCUUAAAACCAUAGGUAGUGGAUCUGCACCAGAACGAAAACACUUAGUGGAGAAAGACAUCAUACGCAAUUUGGUCGCUCGAGGGGAUCGCUUGGACCACACACAAGCGGACCUGUUGGCCGCUAUCAUUCCAAUGCUUGCUUGUGACUACCUCGAAGCAGGCAAGAUAGCUUUGAUUUUUAUGCUGGUGGAUCAUUCACAAGAACAAAUUCGGGCUGCAGCAAGCAACUCAAUUGUGGUUCUUGCAAGUGGCCCGAUUACACAGAGAUCAAGCUUGAGGAAGGCCCUUUUACCUAAGCUCGAACAGAGUUCUCCUUUGCUCUGUGAGGUUGCAGCCGACUGCCUCUCACAUUCACUAGCGGAUGAUCUUGUGGCAGACGGAGAUUUCACCCAAAUUUUCAAGAUACUCCACAGCGAAGACGUCCGUGUGCGAAAACCAAUUAUUGUUCAGCUCCGUACUCACAUUCAAACAUCGGAUGAAACGACACGUGGAAGACUCGUUCAUGCAAAAGUAUUAUCGGCGACCCUCCGAGCGUACACCCCAGCAAAGGAUGAUUUGCUUGAAUUUCUGUCGAACUGCCUCCUUCCUUUGCUCGGGCCUUCAUUCACUCAAGACGACGGUGGAGCCACUUUGUUCCCUCUGUUGGAACACACAGAGCCUCGGCUUUGUAUUUCGGCAAUUCAGGCACUAAAAAAUGCAAUCGAUUCGCGCUAUGGCAACAUGGAGAAUAUGGCCAAAGCCUCUAUCAUUCGCAUUCUUCAUUGCCUGACAGCUGCCAGUGAUGAUAUUCGCGAACUGUGGUGUCGCAUCCUUCCCAAGGCGGCGCCGUAUUUAGAGAAUCGCGUUGAGAUCGACAUACUCUUUGAGAGCCUCAAAAAUGACCGGGGAAACGUCCGCGAGGCAGCUUCUGGGGCAAUAUCAGUACUGGCAAAGACUUCAGAAGUAUCCCGCGGUUUCAUGCUCCCAACACUGCUUCAUAGUCUAGAAAACCAGUCCUCGACCUCAAUUCCAUCGAUCUUACAAGCCAUUUCAUUGUCAGGAUUUACGUUUGUAUCGAACGAAAAGGAAGCGGAGCUGCUUUAUCUUGUACGCAAUGGUGGAGAUGUGGGCAUCGCUGCUGUUGAAGCGACCAUCCAAGUGCUCGCCAAAGGCGGCUCAUUUGAGCACGAACGACUUGUGAACGCAAACCCAGACAUUUUAACCUCUGCUUUAAGAUUACACAACGAUCAGUCUCAACGGCAGCAGUCUCUCAAGUUACUUCGGAGCAUCGUUAUGCAUCUGAGCUACAUCCUCUUUCUUCACGACGAAUCCGCUAGGGCAUUGUUUUCGUUGUUCGAGUUGACCUUGUACUCCAGUGACCCCGAUUCUGGUCUCUCCACCGAACUUUACCAAACGUGGUCGAGUGAUAUGAGGGUUUAUAAAAGCGAUAUUCUACCUGAUUUGAUCCCUCUUCUUUUCGAUGAAAAGAGGCUUCGCAAUCCGUCGGUCACGUCACUUCUUCGGGAGUGGGCUCCUAUCGUGGUCCCCAAGCUUGUGGAACGACGAAGAUUGAAUAUACUCGUCGAUGUAUUGAGGAUCGAUGAUGAAAACGUUGUCCGGUCAUACCUAGAGGCGGCUCACUCUGUGAUUAAAAAUUGUCACGAGAACCAGAAGGAGUGGUUUGCGGCUGAGCCCCUGUUUGUUCCAGCCAUUGGAAAGUAUUUGAAGGGUCAAGAUGCGGCUAUGCGUCGCGAUUGUUCCAGCAUCAUCCAAUUGCUCUCUACGGGCUCUGCCUCGCGUUCCGGGAGGAUUAUGAAUGAAGGGAUUGGCGAGUAUCUGUCAUGGGUUGCGAUGUGUACAUCUCAGAGCUUUCCGCUUGCUAUUGAGGAUCGUUCAACACUCUCCGCAUUCGCCAGUCAUCGACAGCGGGAUAGUUGCACACGUGGUCAGGUGGUUAAGGUGUGUUUUCCUCGGUACACCGUCACAGACAUCGAUUGCAAAAAAUAUACCCUCGAUAUUUGUCUUAUUAUCGCUGAACAUUCGGAUAAUGGCCGAAACGCGCUAAUCAAAGCCAGGAUUCUUCCAGAACUCAUGCACCUAUCGAGCAGCCAAACGGCAUAUGAAGUCAUCGGAUCUUGCAAGAUAUUGAAGGCCUUAGUCCACACCGGCACAUUUAGACAGCAUAUAAUCGACGCUGGACUCCAGAAAUCUAUGGAACAUAUUACGAGUCCAAUACGAAAAUCGACUCUUAAGAUCAAAGGAGACAAACAAGCUGCUCAAGUCCUGGCCAAAGAAGUCCUUGAGACGCUCAAGCUUUCGAAGCAGCGCGACGUUCAGUCGCACUUGCAAGGGGAAUUACUAAGUAAUGAUCAAACUCAUACUCCAGCAACGUCCUCCACCUCCCACCGGACAGGCCACGCAAACGACGAGGAUGCCAUCGUCUCUCGGGAACGUUCGCAUCGAAAUAAGCGACUCAACUCCAUGUUUGAGUCACGAGGCUUUGACAGAUCAGCACUUGACCCCGAAAUGGAGGAAGUAAGGCAAAGUGCUGCAAUGAAUGCACGCCACUCCCGGUCGCUGAGCGACCCAGCCCGACCUAUUGCUCCUCAAUCCCGACGCACAGACCUCCCGCCUCUGAGCGAGAAUCCCAACACUUCAAACUUUCUAGAAGACACUCCCUUCGAAGAGGAUUUGGAAGAAAGGGAGCCCAACUCACCUCCCGGUCGUCAGCCAAUGGUCCAUUCCGCCCCUAAUUCUCCUCUAAAUCGGACGGCGACUUCCAGACACCAGCGGUCUUCAGACGACGACUACCUCAUGGAUCCGUCAUCGCCCGUAGCUUUGACCCAUUCCCGAACGAUUCCGCUCUCGUACGGACCUUCGGCGCCAGCGCGAUUGGGUGGUUCAGGUCGUCGCAGGAUUCAGGAUGACGAUGCUCCGGAAUCAUCGACUCAUGAUUCGGAGUUUGCCUCCAAUACCGGAGAAAGAGGCGCCGCAAGUUCACAAGGUUCAGCUCGACCACGACCAUCUUACUUGCCAUCGUUUGGGAGCAUACGUCGAUAGUCAUGGCGGUGGGCACAUAUUAGUGUUGCCGGGGGGUUGGGCAAGAGUUGAGCGCUGAGCACUGAGCACUUUUUCCAUUCUGAUACAUUGUAUAACAGCGAAACAAUUUCGUUGUCGUCUGCAGAUAGUAGUAUUCCCCA